CCACUGAUACAGGUUGUAUUACGAUGCAUUAUAUGAAACCUUACAACUAAUGGAAUGGGAAAGACUUGCGUUCCUGAACCUUAACGGCAGACCAGCGUUUAACGUCUCUGUCCCACAGCUUCAGGGGCAAUAACACUUGAAGCGUCAAACAAUUGUAAAAGCAAGGAUAUUGCCAUCGACACACGACGACACUACGGCCUUGACGGAAGUACCGGUGACAGAGGGCAUCGCCUUCUCGUCCUGUGCAAAGCAUGGUUGCCACCAUCAAGGCCGCACGGCAUCGUGCUCUACUACACAUGCACGCCAUCGGGGUUCUGCUGCCUCUGGUCAUCGCCUCGGUUGCUGAGGACGGGACACCAAGGCUGGUCUGCACGAACUCAUGCAGCAAGUCGAAGAACGGCGUGUGUGAGGAGGGUCGAGUGGGACGCGCUGCCACCGCGGCGGGGUACAGCCAGGCUGCGGCGGAGCAAGAGGUGCUUGUGUACUGCGACCUAGGGACCGACUGCGAAGACUGUGGCCCAUGGGAAGCACGUGGCCCAUCCUUCAGCACGCCGUGGGAGACAGAGCCCGCGCUGGGCCCAAUCCGGUUGCUGCAGAGCAAGGACGUGCAGGUGCGGGUCCGGGCGGCGGCUGUGCCGGCCGACGCCGCAUUCCGCUUCGCCUACACGGACCCCCAAGCGGACGUGGACGUGUCCAAGUCCGCAUCCAGCAAGGGUGUGGUGGAGCGCGGCAUUAGCGAGAUCCUGUACGGUGUGCUCCGAGACCGCUGCUCGGGCGGAGCUGCUGGCAGUAACACGACCAACAGAGACGCUGAUGGAGGCGGGCAGGCGCGCGGGGGCCAGGGCCAGCAGCGGGACCAGGCACUGGUUGUGCAGCAGGCGCUCUUUGUGGACGUGGGCGCAAACUUCGGCUGGUUCACGUUGAUGGCGGCGCGACUGGGAUGCAGAGUGGUGGCAUAUGAGCCGGUGCCGCUGUUUCGUGCCUUCCUCUCCUUCGCCCUGCACCUGAACGGCCUGGGUGACCGAGUGCUGGUGCGCCCAGUGGCGGUCAACGAUGCGGGCGGCGGGCGGCGGCUGCGGGUGGUGGUGCCCAGCCGCGGCAUCUGGGGCACCGCUGGCGUGGACGGCCUGAACAUAGACGGCGCCAUUGAAGGCUCCAAGUCGGAGACGCUGGAGGUGGAGGCGGUGCGGCUGGAUGAAGAGGACGCGGUGAUGGCGACGGAGUUGCCGGUGGCUGCACUCAAGGUGGACGUGGAGGGCUGGGAGCCAGCAGUGCUCCGCGGCGCGGAAGGGCUGUUGAAUCGGGGCCGGGUGGAGAACAUCGUCAUGGAGUACUCGCCAGGUGUGCCGGAGCGCCACUUCCUGUGGCAGGACAUGGCUGCGCACCCGGCCAUGCUGGCGCACCUCAUCUCGUCACACGGCUACCGCAUCGGUGUCAUUGGCGGCAACGCGAAGGACGGUAGCAUGGGCGGCUGGGCGGUCGCGCCGCGGCCGCUGCGAGAGGUGACUCUGGGUGUCCUCAAGUACGACACUGAGGACAUCAAACGUUGGGAGGCAAACACGCUUGGUUGCCCCACGCCGCCUGAGCUCCAGCAGUAUGGCCACUGGAACGCGUGCAGCAUUGUACCAGAGAACCUGAACCCGCGCAGCCUCAGGUCGGAUUUCAGCCACAACACCAACCUUUGGGCGGCCAAAUCAUCCGCUGGCGAAGGGCUGCUGCGCCUGGACGGCACGGCGGGCUUCUUCGACUCAGACGUACCCGCCACGGCCUACUUUGCUCCGGGCGCGGAGCCGAGCAAGGGCUACGGGCUUGGUCACCGCGCGUGCAUAUGGCUUGCACCACAAACGCACGUGCGGCACCGGUGCCGGUGCACCAAGCAGGAGCUCUGUGGCGAGGAGGAGGCUAGGGCCGUGCGCGCCGCAGCGGCGGGCGCCUUGGCGCAAAACUACAUCAUACCCUAGUGCAAAAUACAGAAUGUGUUAUGACAUGGAUUGGAUGCAGACAUGCGACGAGUAAUGGGAAGUAAUGUGGUCUGAGGACAGCGAGUGAUCGGGAGGGUGUAGACUAUGGCUAGCACAUGCGAGUGCACAACAAGGCUUGCACGAAAUUAUGCGCAUGCACGAGAGCCGACAUUUAGAUGAAUACUGUUACGGUACACUGCGUAAUACGGUAGUGACCGCGGUAAUAACGGUAGGAAUGGUGGGCGGGGCGGGGCGACGUGUGUGACACGGAGUAAGCGUAGCUCCGUGGGCAGGCAUGAGGCAUCCCGCCGAAGUUGCACGCGGCCUGCAGUCAGUGCAGUGGAGCCGUGGUCGCUGGGAGGCGCAGCCAGGUGCGGCAUGAGAACCAGUGUGUGACAUGGAUGGGGUGGCAAACUGGCAUAUGACAGACUGCGUCGCUGCUGCAACUGUGAUACUGCACGUAAAUCCCAGGGACAAGCUGGUCCAUUCGACAGCGGA